UGCCGGCGGGAAUUGUAGUUUUCGGUGUCCCGACGUCUCGAUGGGAUAGGCUUAUGGCUGAGAAGGGUUGUACUACAUCUCCCAGAAUUCUCUACCAGCCCGAGUUGCUCCGCCUCUCGAGAGCUCUGCAUUGUGGGGUAUGGAGUUCGAAAUGUGGCAAAGGCGUGUCAGUGUCCAAAGAGAGGUGCCGGACUCGGACUCGGUUUCCCUGCGGCCCAGGGAGGCUCACGGGCCAUUGGCUGAGCGUGGCGGAUCUGGUCCCGCUCCUCCCCGCCCCCAGUGACACAAUAGCGGCUCCCUCCAAGAUGGCGGCAGCGACGGCAGACCCGGGAGCUGGGAACCCGCAGGCUGGGGACUCCUCCGGCGGGGGCGCUGGGGGCGGUCUGCCGUCUCCCGGGGAGCAGGAGCUGAGCCGGCGCUUGCAGCGCCUGUAUCCCGCGGUCAACCAGCAAGAGACUCCGCUGCCGCGCUCCUGGAGCCCCAAGGACAAAUACAACUACAUUGGUCUCUCCCAGGGCAACCUCCGCGUCCACUACAAAGGUCAUGGCAAAAAUCACAAAGAUGCGGCCUCGGUGCGUGCCACCCACCCCAUACCUGCUGCCUGCGGCAUUUAUUACUUUGAAGUGAAGAUUGUCAGCAAAGGAAGAGAUGGUUACAUGGGAAUAGGACUCUCGGCUCAAGGCGUCAACAUGAACAGACUUCCUGGUUGGGACAAACAUUCCUAUGGUUACCAUGGUGAUGAUGGGCAUUCCUUCUGCUCCUCGGGGACUGGCCAGCCCUAUGGUCCCACAUUCACCACAGGAGACGUGAUCGGCUGCUGCGUCAACCUCAUCAAUGGCACCUGCUUCUACACCAAGAAUGGCCACAGCCUUGGUAUAGCCUUCACAGACCUCCCGGCCAACCUCUACCCCACCGUAGGCCUGCAGACACCUGGGGAGAUUGUGGACGCCAACUUUGGUCAGCAGCCCUUCCUGUUUGACAUUGAGGACUACAUGCGGGAGUGGCGUGCCAAGGUCCAGGGCACGGUCCACUGCUUCCCCAUCAGUGCUCGGCUUGGCGAGUGGCAGGCAGUGCUGCAGAACAUGGUCUCAUCUUACCUCGUGCAUCAUGGGUAUUGUGCCACAGCCACAGCUUUUGCUCGAAUGACUGAAACCCCGAUUCAGGAAGAACAGGCAUCCAUAAAGAACAGACAAAAGAUCCAGAAGCUGGUGCUGGAGGGCCGUGUGGGCGAGGCCAUCGAGACCACCCAGCGCUUCUACCCAGGGCUGCUGGAGCACAACCCCAACCUCCUCUUCAUGCUCAAGUGCCGGCAGUUUGUGGAGAUGGUGAAUGGGACGGACAGUGAGGUCCGCAGCUUGAGCUCCCGAAGCCCCAAGUCCCAGGACAGCUACCCUGGCUCCCCCAGCCUCAGCCCCCGACAUGGCCCCAGUAGUUCCCACAUGCACAACACAGGAGCAGACAGUCCCAGCUGUAGCAAUGGCGUCGUGUCCACCAAGAGCAAACAGAACCACAGUAAAUACCCUGCACCCAGCUCCUCAUCCUCGUCGUCCUCCUCCUCGUCCUCCUCUUCCCCAUCUUCCGUCAAUUACUCUGAGUCCAACUCAACAGACUCCACCAAGUCCCAGCCCCACAGCAGUACCAGUAACCAGGAGACCAGCGACAGUGAGAUGGAGAUGGAGGCAGAGCACUACCCCAACGGUGUGCUAGGAAGCAUGUCCACGCGCAUUGUUAACGGUGCCUACAAGCAUGAGGACCUGCAGACGGAUGAGUCCAGCAUGGAUGACGGGCAUCCUCGGCGGCAGCUCUGUGGGGGCAACCAGGCUGCCACAGAAAGGAUCAUUCUGUUUGGCCGUGAGUUGCAGGCAUUGAGUGAGCAGUUGGGCCGGGAGUAUGGCAAGAAUUUGGCCCACACAGAGAUGUUGCAGGAUGCCUUCAGCCUGCUGGCAUACUCAGACCCCUGGAGCUGCCCAGUAGGCCAGCAGCUUGACCCCAUCCAGAGGGAACCUGUGUGUGCUGCCCUCAACAGCGCCAUUUUAGAGUCCCAGAACCUGCCAAAGCAGCCCCCUCUGAUGCUCGCCCUGGGCCAGGCAUCUGAGUGUCUCCGGCUCAUGGCCCGAGCAGGCCUGGGUUCUUGCUCCUUUGCCAGAGUCGACGACUACUUGCACUAGCUGACCGUGCUGGCUGGCUCCGGCUGGCCCUCUGCUGGCCCCAGGGCUGGAGCUGCCCUGCCCUCCAUAGGCACCUGGUGCAGGGACUGGGAAGCCAUGGACAGAGUCCACUCCUCCUGCCUGGCCUUUUCCCCUCUCCCUUUCCUUCCUUCCUUCCUUUCUCUGCCCACCACCCCCUCAGUCUCUCUCUCUCCCCUUCACGUGCAGUGGCCUGUGACACAGUAUUGGCUGGUUACUCUCAUGUAGCGCCUUCUAUUUUGAAAGGGGGGGGUUUGUUUUGAGGAGGGGUUGGGGUUUUAAAAUUUUUUUUCUCCUGACUGAGCCACCAGUAUUUAUCUCUGGAGAGUUUGUGCUGAGCUGGUUUCUGCUAAUUUAGUGAUGAAGCCUAUCCAAGUUGGUGAUAGCUUAUUAUUUUCAUAAAUAAAAAACAAAUGAGAUUUUAUAUAUAUAUAUAUAUAUAUAAAUAUAUAUAUAUUUAAAAAAAGACAGUAUUUAUCGUAGCAUUAGUGGUCCAGCACCUCUUGGGUGAGGCUGUCCAGGCACCAUGUUUUCUUUGAGUCCAACUCAUUAAAAAAGAAUCAUCUCUGUCACCUCAGCCAAGUGAUUUAUUUUUUGCUCCCCCUUUUUUGAGUCACAGGCCGAGCUGCAGCCUAGGAAACCCAAAUAGGGUUUGGUGGGCCACUUAGUGGGCAUGGUUAUGUUGGUUUAUAGCACCCCAAGAACUGUGGGUCCCUAGGCCCCUGAGAGCUGGACAGAGCAGAGAACUACAGGGCCAAGGGUCCAGAGAAGUGAUAACUUGACCCAGGGCCACACAGCAGAGGGAGAGGGUCCUUGGCCAGCACACUAUCUACCACUCUACCCCACCUCCCACUGCCUGCCUUGCUCCCCUUUCCUCCCUUUUCAAUACCCUACCUUCCCUUGUUGUUAAGAUGGCCAAAUAAUACAUUUACUCUAAAUUGAUUGCCUGGAAACUACCUGCCUUCGUCCUGAGAGCUUCUGUGUGUCAGGCUGCCAGAAAGAAGACUCCAUUCCCAGGACAGAGGCCCUUGAGUAUAGGGGCUGCUUUCUUCCUGCCUGGAUCUUCACCAUCUCUGCACAGCUCUGAGAGUAAUGGAUGCUUUCUCUUGAGAAACCAGUACCUUGUGGAGGCAGGUUCUUGGGCUGCUACUCCAGGGAGUGUUUGGAAUCCUUGAUCCCCUAGGCCAGACUUCACUGCCACUGUACCAGACAGCUCCCUGCAGCUGGACCCUAGCCAGUCUUAGGAAAGACUGUUGGGAGUAUUUGCUGGCCAGAGGAUGGGACUCCAUCAGCUUUACAGAUGUCCCACCAGCUGUUUCAGAUAGAUCCUCACAGCUGGCGGAGUAAAAAUGGUCCCGCUACCAUUGGGGAAUCAGAAAAGGAAAGGCUGAGAUGGUUGCCAGGACUUGGGGUGGCCCAUCUGUGGAGAGGACUGGCUGCCCUGGAGGAGGAAAGGGAGGAAGCCUACACAGAGGAGCACCAGGACGGGCUGGAAUUAUCAUACGUGCUUCACAGUGUGAGGGGAGUGCAGAAGCCGCCCAUGCAAAGAGUAGGGUCAGCCAUGGCAAGGCCAGAAGUUGAACUUUCAGUCCCUGCCUGAAUCUGGGCUGUGCAAGCUCCUGCUCCAUAUUGGUGGACAUGGGAAUGGUUGGUGUGGCCUGAGAUACUCAUUGCUCACCAGGUCUCACUGGGCCCACAGCUGGGCAACAAGAAAAAUGAUUGAAUUGGACCAACUGCUGGUGAUGGGGCCAGGGCCCUGGGCCCUGUGCUCUCAGAAUUCUGCCUUGGGAAAUGAUCCUAUAGCUGCUGCUUUUUCUUGGUCCUUGGGGCUGGCAGGCCCAUAGACCAUGGCCUGUUAGGAGGUGUCCUGUCCAUAAAGGAAAUUCAUCUCUUGUGACAGCCUGGGGCUACCUAGCUCCCAAACCCAGAGGCUGGAAAUAUCAGGCUGUUAAAAUGAUCACAGCCUAGCAGGACUGGGAAUUGAAACCACAGGCUUUUGCAGUUGGAAUGGGGUUCAGUGAACACCCAUUCCUCUCCUGCUACAGAUAAGGAAACAGACCCAGGAGAUUAAGUGACUUGGCUAAAGUCACACAGCAAAUUAGUAGCCGAGCCGAGACUAUCCCUUAUCCCUGUGGGUUGGGCAACACUGUUUAUUUAGUCCUGAAACUGAAUGGCAGAUAAGCCCCAUGAGGGGUUAGGCUGAUGUGCCCUCCAGCAGUAUGUGAGAAGCUGCUACCUUCAGGGCUGUGUCAGGGAUGAGGAUGGGUGCCUGAGCUUAGGUUGUGGAGUGGCUGAGAGGGCCCAGGAGGGCUCGGGACAGCUGUGUGCUGCAUGGGGUUGGGUGUCUGCCUGGCUUGCACUCGGUACCCAUGGCCACCUCCCCAUUUUCUGUGCCUUAUUUCACUGUUUCAGCUGAGUCCAAGUUGUUUACUCUGUUCCUCUCCAGAGGGGCUCUCUGUCCCAGUUGGGCAGCUCACCUUUGGGACAUAAGCCUUUGCCCCACAAGCUGUGGAGAGAGCCAAAACCAAGCUGCUUGAGCCCACUCUCUUGCUGAGAGUCCAGGCCUGCCUGCCAGCCGGAGGUGCCCCUUAUGCACAUCCAGUCCUACCAGCCUGCUUCCAGGAGCCUAGAGUGGGAAAGGCACCUGGGGGAGCCCUGGUGAAGGGCUGGACCUGACUCGUGGCGGCAGGAGGAAGACCUGGCUUUCUUGGUUUGUCCGGCUCUGGGGAGCAGCCUUCCCUACUCACUUUCCCCUUGUGGCACCAAAUGGUCACUCCUUCCAGAGCAAAAACUGGCACUCAUAGCAAGCCAGAACCCCCAUUCCCAUCCACAUGGGUCUGUGGCUGGGUGCAGGCCAUGAAAACGGACACCACGAGACAGAAGUGGGGACUGCCUGGCCACCCAGCGCCUUCCCACUCCUUAAGCAAGCACAAAGAAGAUAAGGCAGAGAACUGUCAGAGCUGAAAGUUCCUUUGGUUGCUCACAACUCAGGUAUGCACCCGUGUGGCAGCCAGGCAGCGGAGCCCUACUAGACUGCCAGUGUCAUGCACCCAGACCUGUGGCCAGAUUGUGGCCUCUGGCUGCCUCAGGCAUUUGCCUCUUUGCAUCGGGUUUUCCUCCAUUAGUAACUACAGCUGAAACAGACAUCCUCCACAUUGUGCACACUGGUUUUGCCUUUGUCCUCGAGAGUUGAUACUUGGCAUUAGCAUGAAACUUGUGGGUGUGGGAGGAUGGAGAGAGAACUCUAACACAAAACAUCUUAUUAAAAUUGUACUUGAGAGAUUAAAAAAAAAACUCCUGUUGUAUUUUGACAGAAUUAUUUUUAUUAAAAUACACAUCCAUGAGCA